UUUCACUGAGAUGGAUGCAGUCUCGAACUAAAAAAAUGCAACAUUCCUGGAAAUUAAACAUCCAAGCCAGAACCAAGAUCUUCAAUUUCAAGCUCAAAGCCACCCGAAUCUUACCCGCCGGCGGCUUCCACCGCUUCUCCCUCCUCCUGAGGCUCCACAACUUCAUCCUCAAACUCCGGCUGAAAUCGGGCUCAUCAGUUUCAAUCUCCACACAACAAAAACGAACCUUCAAAUCCACAUUUCUCGGUCUCCUCGACAAACUCCGACUUCGCCGUGCAAACAGAGCGUUAACAAUCCGAAACCCAGAUCUUAAAUCUCUUCUGAAUCCCUUCGCUAACAAGGAUUCGAACGGCGGCGGUUCUUUUGUGAUUGCGAUUAUUGCUUUGUUGCUGCAAUCGAAUCGUCAUGGAAUUAUAACUCUCGCUUCGCUUGUUUUGUUGUACUGGAUUCUGUAUUUCGAGAAGCAUUUAAGGGGGGAAACGAGAAGCUUUUGGAUGGUCUUGAUUGCCGGAGCAGCUGGUUCUUGGGUUGCUUUCAAUUUAGGCAAAGGUUACGUUUCGAACUAUGCGUGGAAUUGGAUUGAGUGGAGCUAUGGAUACACUGUUUUUUCUGGGUUUUUGUAUGCAGCUUUGAAGGUGAUCUUCGCUCUCGUCAAAACCAUCUUCUAUUUUUCAAAGCUCAAAUGAAAAUAUUGGCCUUAGAUUUGUAGAAUU